GGGCUCGCAGCCGUCUCCGCCGCACCACCAGCACAUGGGGCUGCACAUGUCGCAGCACGCUAGGUUGCAGCAGCAGAACCGGCGGAAGAGGCCGGGCGAGAUGAUGGAUUCGAUGGAUGGCGGCAGGAGCAGCGACAGGAAGGCGAGGAAGCGCAGCGAGAAGAAGCGCAAACGAGCUGAGCGGGAGUUGCAGGAAGCAGCCAUCGGCGACGACGACGAUGACGACGACGAGUACGGCAAUGCCGGGCUAGCGGCCGCCGCCGCUGCUGCCGCCAAGCUCGCUCGCGCCCAGGCGGCGCAGGCCGCAGCCGUCGCCGCCGCAGCGGCAGCAGCUGGCGCCGUCGGCGGCCCUGGCGGCCAAGGCCUAUCGGGUCUGACGUCUGCGCCGUCUGCAGGACACAACGGUGUCGUACAGGACGCCGUCGCCGCAGCGGCGGAUCAAGGAUCCGCGGUGGCAUUGGAUCCUUCUGACGGCUUCCGAAACCAGGCACAGUCGCUGGUCGCCGCCCUCCUCGCCGCCGCCGUCCCCAACUCCGCUGCAGGUGGCUACCCCAGCAUUCCCUCCUACGGAGGCCUCCCCGGCCUCGCCGCGCAGCCAUCGGGUGUCGUACCGCAACUCGAUGCGCAGUCCCUGGCGGCGGCAGCGGCGGCAGCAGCCGCGGCGGCGGCUCCUCAGUUUUCCGGCCUGCAGCUGGGCGGCCUCUUUGGCGGCGGUACGAACCAGCUGAUGGCCCCGGGGGCUCCGGGAGCGUACGGCAGUAUCCACGACGGCGUGUCGGAUGGCGGCAUGGGGGCCCUGCAAGAUGCCGUACAAGCGGCUGGCGGGGACGCGAGCGGUGCGUCCCAGCACCCGCACCACCCGCUGCACCACCACACGCAUCACGAGCACCACCACGCCCACCAGCACGCGGAGGAGGCGGCCAUGGUCGCCGUGGGCGCCCAAGCAGCGCACCACCAGCACCAGCACCACCACCACCACCAGCAGCACCACCAGCAGCAGCAGCAGCAGCAGCAGGGCGGUCCGCUGGACAUGGGCGGUGGGGGUCACCCGGGGCAGCUGGGCGGCGUGGCGGGGGGGCAGGGGAUGGAGAUGUCGGCGCAUGAGGGGGCGAAGCCGCAGCGUGGAGGACCCAAGCGCAUGACCAGCAUGUCCUGGAACGAGGACCUGCAGCGCACCGACGUCAAGUCCGGCCCCUUCAGCCAGGCGGAGAGCGAGGCGGCCAAGGCGGCAGCCAGGCAGUACGCAGAGUCCCACGGCAAGAGCUGCACGGACUGGAGCUGGAUGUUCUCGCUGCAGCGGGAGGGCAUGCACGGCAUGAUCACCAUGAUCUCGGCUGCCGUACCGCACCGCACGCGCAAGUCGCUGUGGGCGCACCUCACGCGCGUGCUGCACUCGGGCAACUACAAGGGUCACUUCACGGAGGAGGAGGACCGGCUGCUGCUGGACCUGGUGGAGGCGCAUGGGCGCAAGUGGAAGGUGAUUGGGCAGGAGCUGGGGCGCCUGCCGGAGCAGUGCCGCGACCGCUGGAGGCACAUCGGAAUCAACCAGCAGCGAACCACGGGUCCCUGGAGCCAGGAGGAGAUGCAGCGGCUGCAGGUGGUUGUGAAGGAGCACCUGGACUCCAAGCAGCGCGCGGAGCUUAGCGUGGACUCCACCAUCGCCCUGGCGGCUGCGGCGCUGGCGGCGGCGGGCAGCAACGCAGCCGGCGGUGACGCGGCGGCAGCAGCGGCGGCAGCGGCGGCGACCAUGAGCCUGGGGGGCGUGACGGGCAAGGGCGGCGUGGGUCGUGCUGGCACGUCGCGGCGCAUCGUGCUGGACGGGAUCAACUGGGAGGCCAUUGCAGCCAAGAUGGGCACCCGCAACCCGCAGCAGUGCAAGGAGAAGUGGUACGACGCGCUGUGCCCCAGCAUGGUGAGCCGCGGCGAGUGGGGCACGGGCGACGACAAGCGCAUGCUGCGGUCGCUGCUGCUGUCGGGGGUGACGCGCGAGUGGGAGGUCAACUGGGACACACUGGUGGAGGGGCGCACGGCGCUGCAGUGCAAGCGGCGCUGGCGGCUGAUGCUCAAGUGCGUCCCCGACCACCGCAACAUGGAGUUCGAUGCCGUACUUUCCUUCCUGGUGGACAAGUACGCGCCCAAGCUGCGCGCGCUGCAGGCCCAGCAGACCGAGCAGAUCAUGCAGCAGCAGCACGACACCCUGCAGCAGAUGCUGCAGCUGCAGGGCAUGGGGCUGGUGCCCACGCCGGGCGGGGACCCCUCGGGCGGCGCAGGCCAGCUGGACGUGAAUGGCAACCUGGUGGGCGGCGGGGGGCACUUGGGGCUGGAGGCGCAGCACCAACAACACCAGCAGGCCGUGGCGGCGGCAGCGGCGGCGGCGGCGGCGCUAGCGGGGCAUCAAUCGGGCGCGGGGGGACAGGGCGUGCUGGGAUUGUCGGGGUUGGACGGCAGUGCGCUGGCGGCGAACCAAGAGGUGCUGGCGGCGGCGGCCGCGGCCGCUGCGGCGGCGGCAGGGUUGGUAGGGGAUGGAGGGUAUGAGCCCUCGGCAGGGGCGUAAACGCAUACUUGCGGAUUAGAAGGCGGGUGAUGGUGAGAUAGUUGGUAGGAGAGUUGGUUUAGGGCCGGGGACAGUAUUCGUUACAUGCCGCCACCAUGCGUGCCGCAAGCAUGGCAAUGAGAGUACGUUUAUGGCGUGGUCCCGUGUGUCGGAUCAGGCUCGGAUUGUGAGCGCGAUUGCAUGGGCAGCUGGGUUUGCGGGUGCAGCAAUGCAAGGACUGAGCACAGCAUGGCAGCCGGCUGGAGCCAUCCGGCGGGGGGGGGACCCCAGCGUUGUACGUCGUGCCUCGUAUGCCAGUGAUGGGCCCGCUGCGGCAACCCAAGGGUGUUGUGGGAGAGGGGGUUCGUGGAGACGGGAGAGCCAUGAUGGCUUGGCGCGUGUUGCAACCGCGGCUUGCCUAGUAGUAGUUGAGAACUAUAGGAGGUUGACCACAGUUGUUGGGACGAGAGGGAGCUGGUCCCAAGCUGGCAGCAGCGGUACAUGCAUGAUGACAGCGGGAAUGCAGGCGACAAUGCAGUUUGUUUGAUGCUCCCGUUGGAGGGCUAGCUAGGCAGGCGGUUAGGCAGAGUUAUGGGUUAGUUUGUACCAUGAUGAGGCCGCAGAGGCGGCACGAGGUCAGAGCCGUUGCACGAGUGUCCUUGUGCUGUAGCGUUCAGGGCGCCCUGUUGACCCUAUGCAAGGGCGCAUAAGCACACAUCCCUCACAGCAUCUCGUGUCCGUAUUGCCUUGUGUGAAGUGUGUCGUACACUGAAUAGAGCUGCGCAGGAUGGUUAGGAGAGGCGCCGGCUUGGCUGCUUAUUUCCGUUACGGAAGUGUUUUAGCCUGGGUGUUUUGAGGCCCGUCUGCGGUAAAAAUGCGAGGAGGCGGAGGGAGAGGUUGGCAUCUUAAUUGGGAAUUACCUCGAGGGUGGGCGUGUGGGAUAUCUAAGAAAGCCGCCAGACAAGGCUAAUAGCAGAACUAUGCCGUAGCAGUGCGCUGUGUAUAAAACCCUGUGAGCAAAACAAGAUGUGUUAUUGUGGCCGUUGAUACGGCCUGUUGGCAACUUGAUGUAAAAAUCAUCAAAACC